AUGCUCAUACAAUCAGCGCCCGCCUUGCCAACAUUGUGGCAGGCGUCGUGCCAGCCCCGAGGUCCCGUCCCGCUUCCUUCGCGCCCGAAUACCCAUACCACACCUAUGAAUGCUCAGCUAACAAAUUGCAGCGCUGACCUCGGCCUUAUCGGCCUGGCUGUCAUGGGCCAAAACCUGAUUCUGAACGCCGCUGAUCACGGUUUCACCAUCGCCGCCUUCAACCGUACCGUUUCUAAGGUCGACCGAUUCCUGGCCAACGAGGCCAAGGGCAAGUCCGUUGUUGGCGCUCACUCCAUUGAGGAGUUUGUUUCUAAGCUCAAGAGCCCUCGCCGUGUCAUGCUGCUCGUCCAGGCUGGCAAGGCCGUCGAUGACUACAUUGAGACCCUCAUCCCCCUUCUUGAGAAGGGCGACAUCAUCAUUGAUGGUGGUAACUCUCACUUCCCCGACUCUAACCGCCGCACUAAGUACUGCGAGUCCAAGGGUAUCCGCUUUGUCGGCUCCGGUGUCUCCGGUGGUGAGGAGGGUGCCCGCUACGGCCCCUCCCUGAUGCCCGGUGGUAACGAGGAGGCCUGGCCCUUCAUCAAGGACAUCUUCCAGGGCAUUGCUGCCAAGAGCGACGGCGAGGCCUGCUGUGACUGGGUCGGUGACGAGGGCGCUGGCCACUACGUCAAGAUGGUCCACAACGGUAUUGAGUACGGUGACAUGCAGCUUAUCUGCGAGGCCUACGACAUUCUGAAGCGUGGUCUCGGUCUCUCCCCCAAGGAGAUCGGUGAUGUCUUCACCAAGUGGAACAAGGGUGUCUUGGACUCUUUCCUGAUCGAGAUCACUCGUGACAUCCUCUACUUCAACGACGAUGAUGGCACUGCUCUCGUCGAGAAGAUCCUCGACAAGGCCGGCCAGAAGGGCACCGGCAAGUGGACUGCCGUCAACGCCCUUGACCUUGGCAUGCCUGUCACUCUGAUCGCUGAGGCUGUCCUUGGUCGCAGCUUGUCUGCCCUCAAGGACGAGCGUACUAAAGCUUCUACUCUCCUCCAGUAUGUCGGCCGCAACAGCAAGUUCGAGGGCAACAAGGAGCAGUUCAUCGACGACCUUGAGCAGGCUCUGUACGCCUCCAAGAUCGUCUCCUACGCCCAGGGCUUCAUGCUCAUGCAGGAGGCUGCUAAGGAGUACGGCUGGAAGCUCAACAAGCCUUCCAUUGCCCUUAUGUGGCGUGGUGGCUGCAUCAUCCGCUCUGUCUUCCUUAAGGACAUCACCAACGCUUACCGCAACAACCCCGACCUUGAGAACCUCCUCUUCGACAACUUCUUCAAGGACGCCAUUCACAAGGCUCAGCCCGGCUGGAGAGACGUCGUCGCCAAGGCUGCUCUCCUUGGUAUCCCGACCCCCGCCUUCUCUACUGCUCUGUCCUGGUUCGACGGCUACCGCACCAAGGACCUCCCUGCCAACCUCCUCCAGGCCCAGCGUGACUACUUCGGAGCUCACACUUUCAGAAUCAAGCCCGAGGCCGCCUCAGAGAAGUACCCUGAGGGCCAGGACAUCCACGUUAACUGGACCGGCCGCGGAGGCAACGUCUCUGCUUCUACCUACAACGCUUAA